GGGAAAUAUGAAUGAAAUAAGUUAUAUCCAGAAUAGUUUUCAGGGCACGAGCAAUUGACCCUGGCCCAAAAAGCUUACAACAAUAAUCAUUCUUUAUAAGAAAUAGAAGGGGAAAAACUAUUCACACAAGAAACUCAGAAAAUUCACUGUGCCUGUCCUACUGCUAAAAUUGUCUUCCCUCUGCAAGCUCUUACUAUAAUGACUGUUUAAAAGGUUUUUCGGAUAUUUAUUGGCAAUAUUAGCUUGUAUAUCUGUGAAUUGUUUACACUUCAUGUGUUACUAGUUACUGGAGAAAAGAAAAGCUUAGUACUGGGAACAGCAAGGAAACAAAUUUUGUGCAAUCGCUAAUUGAUAUUUUUCUAGCCAGUUCUUUUGUUCCUAAAGAAAAAGGCAAAAUAGAUGGACUUUAGUUAUUGUGAUAGCAUAUAAAUAUUAUAAGCCUGUUAUAGCAUAUAAAAUAAGCACCAGAGCAUACUUUUGUAGUCUACUUCUCUAGCCCAAAAAAAAAUGCCAGAGAGGCUCGAGACCCCAAGGAGGCAAGCACCUAUGGCUCUUUCUGUUUUUUGUAUGAUCAAGGUAUAACCAAAGACAGGAAAGAGUUUUUUUGGUCAUUCUGCUUUGUAAAUAAGCUUUAUAAAAUCAAUGAAUGUACUUAUACAUUUUCAGUAGAUUUGCCAGCAGUUAAUUAUGGACCCAUUUUAAGAACUGAAAAACAGUGACACCAGAAAAAGCUGUGUUUAUAUACCCUUGUUUGUCUUGUUUCCCCCGAGUUUUUUGCAGUUAAUAACAACUGUCCCAUAGGAUGCCUUAUUUAUCUGCACCAAACUAAUAAAUGACCCUGUUAGGUAAAUACAGAAAAUAUAUCAAAUUAUAAGAUGAAAAGGAAGAAAAUAUCAAUUACAGAAUGCAGUUGAUACCCGGGAUAUAUUGUUACAUAUUUGAAGAUUAAAAGAACACGUGUAGCCUAAUCUUGACCUGUAGCCUGUAGAGUCAUGCAUGUGGUUUCCUUAUGAUCAGGAUUUUUCUUUACGUGCAGUUCUACACAAAUGUGGAGUUCUAAAAACUUGUUGUGCACCUGUAACAGCAGAAACGAACACAGCAGAAAAAAACAAACUUCAAUAAAGGAACAAACGAUAGCAAAAAGUUAUCAACGAUGAUGCUCAAAUUUAACAAACACCUUUUGGAAAAAUGAUAGGUGUAGAAAAACAAUUGAUAGUAAGAGGAUAUAGUGUAAUCAAAACUUCACUAAUGUUUUCAUUUAUGUGUCAAGAACCAGUUUGAACUCAAUAAAAAUCUAGUGCCAAAAAAUUAUAUUGUCACAAGUUUCAAAUUUGAAUUUCACAGACUGUCAACUGUAUACAUACGUUUGUGAUUAAAGCAGGCCUCUUCGGUAAAAAACAACCCAGGCUAUGAAAGGCCCUUGCCAGUUUGGCUGCCUGGGCUAUUCAGCCCUUGCAGAACUGUUGUUAAUUUUUUUACAUUUUAGUAUUUACAAAGGCAAAAAUACAUUACCUUGCCAAUUCUUCAAACAUUUCUCACCUUAAGGAGGCAUUUUUAUGUGUAUUACUACCUUUAAGUUUUGUAUUACCACUACUUACAGGGAGACAAAAGCUUUUGGAACAUAGCUUUUGGAAUAACGCAAAAAAAUUUUAGGUUUUGCUAGUCAAAUGUGACUUUUUGGAAAUACCUAUUUUAUAUGUCAUGACUUGUAAAGAUACUUUUUGGUAUUCAACAGCAUGGUAUAACAUUUCUCAUUUUGAUUAUUUGCAGCAUUAACCACACUUUAUGUUAUUCCUUUCGUGCAAACACAUUCCUAUUGCCUGCGUCUCUGGGAAAGGCCUGACUAAAGACAGCUUCCUGCUUUGGCAUCAUAAAUUUCAUCCGUCUAAUGAGCAUUACUUGAAUAAUAAAGACAAUAUUAAAAUUGUGUUAACAUUAUCUAUCAAAACUCUAUUAAAUGUGUUCCAUUCACUCAAUUUUGUUUCUUGAGAUUCUACACAAUUGAGUUUUGUUACUUUGAGAUGCUUUAUAACCAUUUUCCUUGUUUGUUUAAAAAUUGUUUUUCUAUUUAUAAUAAUGCUUCCAAGUUGAAUUAGAAUCAACAUUAUAAAUCAAUGUGGAAAAACCUUCUUUAAAAUAGAGUGAUAUACACUUUUUCCCAUAGGCCUUGGGGACUGCGGAAGCAGCAGGGAUGGGGACAGAAGGAGCUUUCCCCCCCUCCCCCCCCCCAAUGAUAAUUUCCAAAAUGUACUCAGGACCAUACAAAAAAUGCCCUGCUCUUGGUCUUUUAGCAUGCUCAGCCUCCCAAAAUGUUUUAGGCAAUGAAGUAUGCAUAAUUUCAGAGUCUACCAAUACCAGCAAAUAACAUGCUUUUUAUGCAAACUUGUAAGAACUAAGAAUUAUCCCUUCAACACAGUUCUCUCAAAAAUUUUGUGCAACUUUAAUUUUUCCUUAAAGAAAACCCUUUUCUUAUUCAUGGUUUUUUUCAAAAGGGAGGAGUCAUGAUUAAUAGUUGGUGCUAUGGGGCUAGAUAAAGUUUUUGAAAAGGUCAAAUUAUUUUUAAUGACCCAUCUUAUAUUGACAUAAACUUUGCAAACCCACUACUUUUUCUGAUUUUAUGCCCUCCCAAAUCAAUAUCAGUUUCAGAAAUACAUAUCUGCAAAUGUUUUUGUGGCCCUUCAAUCAUCUGGUCCCAAAUAUAUUUGUGUCAAACCUUUUUAACACAGGCCCUUUGGAUUUUUUAUAAGAAAUUAUUGGUAAUUCUUGCUUGCCUAACCCAAUAUAAAUCUGCUAACUUUAAAGUUGAAAUAAAAAAGUUUUCCUUUGCAUGCUAUUGACAAGUACUGGGUUGUCUGAAAUUCCAACAGAUCAGAAACAUUUCUAUUUACUUUCUCCUACGCGUACCCACUCAAAGAAGUCCCAGGGUACAUACACAGCUUUUUUGGGCACCGCAGAAAAGCGUGCUGCUAUGAAAGGGUGCAGAACUCUAUUUCAAAGAAGCCUUCCGUAUUAGCGAAUGAUUAUCGUCCUUUCAAUUUUAUCCUCUUCAUGCUCUCCUUAAAGUACAGAAUAAGUGAUAGUGGCAUGUUGAUCUGCUUACUUUCUCAUAAGACGGGUUCAAGUUCCCAAAACUGAAAACCGAUGAAUAGCCAUUUUUGUAGUUGAAACAGAAAUGGAUGAAGCUUUGUAGAUUACAAGGAAUUAUGGUUUAUCAAAAAGCUUCUGUUUGGCAUAAACGACUGGCUUAAAGAAUGCUCCAAGACAGCUGUUUGAGGAAAAUGUUUAGGGAUUUUUUCAUGUGGCACUCAAAUAUUUCAAUCAUGCAUGCCAAGACUUAUAAUUAUCCGCCGAAUUAUGCCUGCCCACGUGCUACGAGUGGAAUCGCCGUAAAUCUACUUGAUCUAGUAGAUAACUGUUUCGUCUGUUUGAAGCAAUAAAUCAGUGAAAUCCUGUUUUGAGCAGACUGUUGCUGAAUAAUACGAUAAUCUAUUGAAAAACUGGCGUACAAAUCAGAAGCACGUAGAAGACUAAACCUGUUCGAAUCAGAGCAAGUGACUGGUAGUGCGUGAAUGGGUGCUGAUAAAAUUGAACAAUUACGAAUAAAUGGGCUGGUUAUGAAUGGGCGGGCUAUUGCAUCACGCAUAAUAGGACAGUUGCAGUGAAAGCUAUCCAGAACUAUCCUUGAACAAGUAUCGAAUGCCUGUGCUUGAAACCAACGAAAUGUCUGGUGAAACGGUGCAGCUGCAGGAAAAGGCAAAUGGUGGGGCGAAGGAGCCUUAUGUGGUUGGAGACGAAGAGGGUAAUGUCGUCAUAAAGGACAAUAAGACUAUCAAUGAAUUUGAUCGAUCGAGCAACUUGCCAGAGUCAAUUUUCAAUCUUGUGAACUCUAUUAUUGGCGGUGGAAUAAUAGGAUUGUCGUACUCGUUCAGAGUUGCCGGUCUGCCAAUGGGCCUAAUUCUCCUCGCCUUCUGUGGUGUUAUAACAGAUUUUGCAAUGAUCCUACUGCUCAAGUGUGGUGCUCUUGCAGACAAAUACACAUACCAGGGCAUGGUUGAGGCUGCAUUUGGCAGAAAUGGACUAUACGCCAUCAGCUUUGCGCAGUUUAUUUAUCCAUUGGCAGUUAUGAUGGCCUACGGUGUCGCCAUCUCAGACAACAUCCCAAAAGUCUUUACGCGUACAAUCGGACCUGGUACAAUAUUAUCAAACAGGCAGUUCAUUAAUGGCAUGGCUACGCUGUUGAUCAUCCUACCAUUGUCGCUCCCACGUAACAUUGCCAUUUUGGACAAGUUUUCAGCGUUGUCCAUUGUCUGCGUGUUUUUCUACUCACUGGUGAUCUUAAUCAGAGCCGGAACAUUGGCCCCGUUGACCAUUCCCUCAGAAGACGCCUGGGAUUUCGCAAGAGGCGGAAUGCCACAGGCUUUUGGAGUCAUGGCUUUUGCCUUCGCUUGCAUGCACAAUAUUUACCCAAUGUAUCGUGCCCUCAAGAACACAUCUGUGAAAAGAUACAGCAAAGUUGUCCAUUCAUCAAUUGCUGUUUCGUCUUUAUUCUACAUUGCUGUUGCCCUGGCAGGAUAUAUCACAUUCACCAAUAUGUCACAAGGUAAUUUGUUGAACAAUUAUUGUCCUGACGACGACCUGGCAAACGGCGCACGAUUUAUAUUCGCGUUCACGAUUAUUUUGACAUAUCCCAUUCAAGUUUUCAUCGCACGAGAGGUCAUAGAGGUCGGAUUCUUCAAAGACCGUCCAAAAUCAGUUAUUCGGCAUGUGGCAAUAACCUUUGGGCUGAUAGGUGUGGCCACUGCAGUUUCCAUGGCAACUGAUUGCCUUGGCCUUGUUAUUGAAAUAGCUGGGUGUUUCUCAGCAUCGCCGUUAGCCUUUAUAUUUCCACCAUUGUGCUACAUGAAGUUAAAAAACAAAGGUUACCUUCGACGUAAGAACAUAAAGCUUUGGCUUCUGGCCAUAUUUGGUGUGGCUGUCAUGAUUCUUGGUACAACGAUGGCCAUUGUAACCCAAGCUGGUAACUGCGCUUUCACUGAAACCCAGCGAUACUGGUGUCAAGGAAACGGCCUGAAAACCGUCAACAUGUCUUCAAAUGGCAACCUCACUACCACCGCGCUGCCCUUGAAUGCGACCAGAAGUAUGUCAUUUGUGUAGAGUUAGUUAAUUAUGAGAAGUAGUAAACAAUAGUAGAAUUUAUGAAGACAUUUAAUAGAAAUCAAUGCACGAAAUUGCAAUAUUGGUUUUGGUUGUCCUAUUUGGAGUGACCGACGCUUAGAAUACUAUUAAAUCAGCUCUGAGUGGUUUAUUAGAAGAAUUGAAUUAUGGUAUUUUUGUGUUUUUGUAGUUUGCAUCAGUAUGGGUUUUGUUAGUUCGUUAGAAUGGUAGUAUGACGUUGUAUUCUAUCUUAAACCUUGCCAUUGAUAGAAUGCAUAUCGUUUCUGAAAUAUGUAGUGCACUGUUUUGAGUCUCUUUAGGCUUCAACUAGAAAACAAAAACAAAGAUUGCAGAACCAGUCAUCAAAUAGGGCAAAAACUAAAGCACGCCAGUCUGUUUUAGAUUUUAGGAGACGUUCCUUUUUAUCACUAUAUUUCAGUAGGUAAUGUCAGUUAAGCUUUAGAGAUCGAAAUAGUCCCCAAAACAAAAGAUUUAUAAACAAAUUAUGAGUUGGUUGAAGUACUUUUAUCUUGAUCACAGCAGAGGUUUGAGCAGUAAAUAUUAAAUCGCUGAGUUCAUCAGCCUGGCUGAUCAAAGAGCUUGGUAUACAUGCCAGAUGGAAUUUUUCACUUCUACUUCUUGCAUUCAUUCAUAUCCCUGCAAUUAUUAUAAUAUAAGGGUAAAAUAGAUGAAUAUUAUGUAUAUUUUACUUAUAUAGUUUGUUCAUAGUUGUGUUUGCUUUGCUUUAUUUGUUAGUAAAAUGUUAGUUUUUAAGUAGUCUAGGACGGCAAGUUUCUUUAGUGCCCGUUGGACGGUAUGUUUGGUUCUUUGCGGCGGAAAUAUCGUGGCUUGAUGAUCGAUCGAUUGUACAACACUCGAUAAACUUAUGCCUAUCAUAAUUGUGGUUGUUUCUUUCAAGAGAACAAAUAUUCUCCAAAGAUAUUUCGAAUGUCACAAAUGCAUUUGCCUACACAAUUUCCCAAGGCUUAGGGGCGGACACCUGAUCAAAUAUUGGGGGGGCAAGCCUAUUGUUUUAAUAAGAUGACGUCACAUUUCCCAUUGUUUUAGAACAAAAGACCAUUGUCCUCUAAAAUAUUGGGGGUCGCCCCCCCCCCCCCCCGCUACUGCCAAGGCUCAAUAGUCCAAAUCAUUCCAUAUCCCUUUCGUCUAAAAACACUGAUUGUAAGUAUGCGAUCUAUAAUAAGUAACUGCUUGCUGUCGGAGUGUUUAGACAUUUUAUCCCCAAUCAACGAGAUUCUGCUUUAACUCUCAACCAGUAGAAAUCCUCCCACAGGCUAAGCUGCAAUCCAUCGUUUCUCAUUCAAGGUGCACAAAACAGUCUUUUCAGUAAAAGACAAGACAUGCUUAGGUGCAGAAGCCUGAUGAUCCGUGGCAUGGUCAUCAAAUGGGUGGAAAUAAGUUAAUCGCUGUUCGGUUUCCUUUCAUCCUAGAAGAGGAUUUAAGGAAAUACGGACACAGAUCUUGACUUCAGGCGAAAUAGCCACAAAUCGUUCUCUUUAUUAUUUAAGUUCGUGAUUAUUUCUUCUGCAAUCAUAACUCGUAAAUUCUUGUAGGAAAAUUCUUUUUAAAGCUUCGUCGAUAUUCAAUAUAGUUUAAACUUUAAUGUUUUUAACAUAAUAGAUAUUUAAGCAGUUUUACCAUAUGCAGAUGUGUCAAAACUAUGUAGAUAUAUGUAUUCCCGUAAUAUUUGUUGUUUCUGAAUUAUCAAAGUUCGUUUUGACCUAAACUUGUUAUUAUAUAAUUUUAGAAUAGAAAAUUUGCGUCAAACUGA